UCCAUGAUGGGGCUCUUCAUCUUUAGUAAACUGCUUUUGAUGACUCUUCUGCUCCAGUUCUCUGAAGAGAACACAGAGCGGAAAACACACACAACAGCUAAACCUGACAACUCUGUGCGUUAUGGCGAGUUCUGCCUGCGUAUUUCUGAAGACUCUCUUGGGACCAGCUCCAAACCAAGUACCCAACUGCCUACAAAGUCAGCUCUCCCCACCCAACAGCCAACCCAACACAAGCAGCCCAUCCAACCAACUAAGAAAUCAAUCCCACUGCUUAUACAAACAACAACAGAGCCACCCCAUCCAGACAGUCAGUCAGUCCAACCAAACUCAGAGCCAACCCCAACAUCGACCCAACUGCCUGCACAGACAGACCAGCCAGAGGUUGUCACCCAGGAACAAAAUAACAUGAUGACCACCGCUGCUGUACUCGAGCAAGUCAUCCCUAAAUGUCGCUGCACAAUGGAAGAUAUGAAACAGCCAGCUGAAACCUCCCCAGUCAGCAGCCUAACCAUAUGGUUCCCAAGUGAAAUGUGUAACACAAUUGAAAUCAUAGGGACACUGCUGGAUGGCAGGGAGGUGUGUGUGACACCAGGGCGCUUCAUUGCCUUGAGCCGCUCGGUUAAGCAUGAAACCAAGACUUUGGCCACAUCUCCUGCUCCACUGGACACAACCACAGAGUUACCCAUCACUACUCAGCCUUCUGUGAAAAAAACCACUGAAGAGAUGCCACGUGUGCUCAGUGACCGUUCAGAGGAUGCAUUGUCUGACAGAUGCAAACCAUGCGAAUCCCUGACAAGCUUGAAUGAUAUUGACCCAGCAAUUGUACAGGUCCUGAUCGUGGAGAAGCAGCCAUCUCCUUGUCCUGUCUAUCUUAAUGUCACUCUGAAAAAUGGUCGUGAGUCCUGCUUGGUGCUGGACCCGCUGGACUUGAAGCAAAUGAUGAUGAUGCUGGAAGAUAAAUUUGCCUGGACAAGAAUGAACAGCAAAGAUGGGUGUCGCUGCAGAGACAGAGAGAAAAAAGAUCCAUUUGAAAUGCUUGCACACAAAACCACGUUUAUCUGGCCUCCAGGGGAAGGAUGUCACUCAGCUGACAUCAUUGAGAUUUCAGUAGGCAGCGAAGAUGUGUGUGUUGCUGCAUCCAGCGUCUUGGAGUACCUUACAUCUCUUAUUCUCUAAGUUAAUAAUACAAUAAAAUACACAGCACAGAGUUAGGACUGUCCUUUGUUGUAGAAUAUUAGGAAAUG